AUGGAAGCUAAUGAUACGGAAUUAAUUGGUGAUAACCUGUUGAAUGGUGGAUGGCUUCGUACUUCUGCCCAUUUCUUUCCCACGCGGCUUGACACAGAUUGUGGUGGUGGCGGUGGCGGUGGUGGUAGCGGUAGUAGUGGUGGUGGUGGUGGUGGUGGUGGUGGUGGUGGUGGUGGUGGUGGUGGUGGUGAUGGGAGUGGUGGUGAUGAUGGUGGUGGUGAUGGGAGUGGUGGUCUCGACUGUUGA